AUGUCUACAACUCCCAUCGCUUUAAUCCACUUUAAUUCCCGCUGCUUGUUUAUUUAAGACUAGAACUACAGAUCUUGUCGAUUUUUAAACACGAAUCUCACCCGUUAUCUUAACUGGAAGGCCAUAUUUAACUGAUAAACGUCGUUCGUUUCUCGUAUCGAGUUAAUUUCACUAGAAUGCUGUACGCGCAAAUUAUUUCUUGAAAUUUUUUUAAAACGAUUAAUCAUGAGUUCUAAAUGUUUAAGUGAGCGAUAGUGUAAAAAUUUAAAUAAAAAUUAAAUUAGCGAGUAAAUAAGAAGUGUUUUUUUUCUACAAAUAUGUGUUAAAAAAGUUUUUAAAAAGAAUUCUUAAAGUGUUACAAAUUGAUUUUUGAAAAGAUGCCUUAAAAGAGAUGUUACCACAAAUUUAUUAAAGAAAAUGGUUGGAGUUCAACAAGUUGGUGGUGAUAGUGUUGUCGUUCAAUGUCAAGAAAUCGAUGAUCAUAAAAAAUUUAGUGUGAGGACGACGCUUCCUCAAACUGACAAUGAUGAUUACAUAGGGAGUAUUAGAAAAUAUAAUCAACAAGGACCUCAUAUUAUUGAAGGAUUUAAUUCUGAUGGAAGAAAAUCUCCUGUUGGAAGAAGACUGAUUAAAAAAACUGGAAAAUAUAAUGUAUUAAGAAAAACCGAAUCUAGUUUAACCGAAAAAUAUCUUAGAGAUUUUUUCAAUACUUUAGUCUCAGGAAAAUGGUGGAAAAUAAUUUUAGCAGCAUCAUCAGUUUUUAUUCUUUGUUGGUUAACGUUCGGCGUCGUUUGGAUGUUAAUUUCAACUUCAAACGGCGAUUUAGAAGCGAAUCCAAUAAAUCCUUGCAUAACGGGCGUUCAAAGUUUUGCUGGUUAUUUUUUAUUUAGUUUAGAAUCACAAGUUAGUAUUGGAUAUGGAACAAGAUCAAUAACCGAUCAUUGCUUGGAAGGCGCUUUUGUUCUUUGUAUCCAAUUAAUAAUUGGAAUUUUCGUUUGUGGCGUCACCGUAAACGUCGUUUAUAUGAAAAUUGUGAAACCUUCGUCGAGAUUUCGUCACAACGUCUUUAGUAAACACGCGAUUGUUUGCAGACGUGAUGGCCACCUUUGUUUGAUAUUUAGAGUCCACGAUGAAGAAUGUAGGCACGCUAUUUCGACUUCUAUAACAGCGUAUAUUUUAAAAAAAGAUGGUGAAACGGGAGAACCUUAUUUGGAAGUUUUAAAUUUGGAACCUUACGGAUUUUUAAUUUGGCCAUUAGAAGUUGUUCAUCGAAUUACAUCGAAAAGUCCACUUUGGGAUAUUUCUUCCUACAAUUUAAUAUCAGAUAAAUUUGAAAUUAUAGUAACAAUUCAAGGAAGUUCGGCGACAACCGGACAAUGUUCAAAAACAAGAACUUCUUAUAUUAGUUCCGAAAUUUUAUGGGGUUAUAAAUUUAAAAAUUGUAUCAAAUAUAAUAAAUCGGAAGCGAUGUACGAUAUCCAAAGAAAAAAUUUUAAUAAAACCGUCGAGAAUGCGACGCAUCUGUGUAGCGCUAAGAAAUUUUACGAAGUUUAUCGAUCGAUGACUCCAACACCAUCAGUUUCAAGAAAUUAUAACUUAAAAAUUAAUGUAACUUACGACGGCACAAAAAGGAGAGGCACAAUAAUGUCCAUUGAAUCAGAAAAUUCCAAAGAAAACAAUAAAGAAGAGAAAUCAAAAGAUUGCGAAGAUCCCGACGUUAAAGAAAACGAAGAAAUUUUUGACGAUUUAAAUUAUUUCCACGAAACUCCGAUUAUUUCAAACAUGGACGAUUCGUGGAUGAUGGAAUCGAAGUCGAUGCCUGCAAUCACUAAUUUCAGCGAUUACCCGAAUAGUUCUAAUUUUUCAGGUGUUUCUAAAAAUCAUAACUCGUAUAUGGAUCAUUUCAGCGCUAGGAAAUUUAAUAAUAUUAAAAGUGGGAAUCGAAUUUUUGAAGACGAUUCUGUUUACGAGAUACCUCACCAAUCAUUAAUGUCUAAUGAUUACCCGAAAAGUGAAUUCGAAUUUGAACAGGCUAUAGAUUUAGAUACGAUGUUAACAAGCAUGGAAGAAUAUUUAGAUAGGAAUUCUUGUUGUAGUGUAAAUAGUAAUUUAUCUGUAUUUCCAAAAACAUAAAAAAAUAAUUGUUAGUUAUCUAUAGUUUGUUUAAGAAAAUAAAAUUAUUGAACAUAUGAAAAUAAUAAUGUUAAUAGUAAAUGU